AUGACAACCGCCACCAAGAUCGAGCCCGGCUAUGUGGGCAACCUCGACUCAACACAGGAGCAGAGACUCCACCAAUUUUGGCGGAUUCUGAUGCAAUCAUGGGACUCGGACAUCCCUCCUUUGGAUCCAGCCCGGAGAUCAUCGAUCUCUUCGAAUGCCACCAGCAAAGGUCAUCGAAGCUUCUUCUCUCUCGGCCGUUCACCAGCUCAACCAACAGAGGAAGAACUAGCUGCAAUCCCGGCAAAUCUACUAUCAACCCUCAAGAGCCUUGAUGUCGCACCAAAUGAGUUGAAGACCGUCGGAUCACUCCUGAUCAAACUUCCUGGCGACAAGCUACGAUCUGCCUUUUUGACUCUCCUCAAACAAGACCAUCCUGACGCGCUCCUAUUGCGUUUCCUCCGCGCAGAAAAAUGGAACGUUCCAAAAGCGUGGAUCAAGUUUGUCUCAUCUUUGAAUUGGCGAGUCAAUGAAUACAAAGUCGACGAAGAAGUCUUGAUCAAGGGGGAAGAGCACAAUCUCCAGAAAUCGCGCCUGGAGGGUAACUCCGUCGAUAAGAAAGACGGUGAAGGCUACGUGCUUCAGCUGAAGACUGGUAAGGGGUACUUGCACGGCUGUGAUAAAUGGAGUCGCCCUAUUUGCGUUGUUCGGGUGCGAAUCCACGAUCCAAGUCAACAAACACAAAAGGGUCUGUUCGACUAUAUCAUUCAUUGUAUCGAGUCAGUGCGCUAUCUACAAGUGCCACCCGUUGAGUCAAUGGUAAUACAUCCUUUUUCCUCGAAUCUGGACAUGUGGACGGUACGGCUAAUAUACUGCGGGGAGCAGGCAAUUCUUUUUGACCUCACGUCUUUCAGUCUUUCAAAUUGGGAUUUCCCUCCUGUAAAGUUCAUCAUUGACAGUUUUCAAGAGAACUAUCCUGAAUCACUGGGUGCUAUGAUAUUCUACAAUGCGCCAUGGAUCUUCUCCGGAUUCUGGAAGAUCAUCCACGGUAUCCUCGACCCGGUAGUCGCAUCUAAGGUCCAUUUCGUCACCGGUGCCAAGGAGCUGGAAAAACUAAUUCCGCAAUCACAAAUCUUGAAGGAAGUCGGCGGUGAGGAAGAUUGGGACUACGAGUACAUCGAACCCUUGCCCAACGAAAAUGACAGACUGAAGGAUACAGUCACGCGGGAUAUUAUCCUUGAAGAGCGGAACCACCUUGGAGGCGAGCUGUUCAGCGUCACCGCUAAUUGGAUCUCCCAAAUCGAUGUCGAGUCUUCAUUAAGUCGCCGGGACGAGGUGAUCAAAAGUCUAAGUGCGAACUAUUGGAAGCUUGAUCCAUACGUGCGCGCUCGCAGUCUCCUUGAUCGUACGGGCGUUAUCAAAGAGGGAGGGAAGAUUGACUUCUACCCUACUAAAGUCACACAAAAGGUUGACGAGAAGUUGGACGUGGUGGCUGAGCAUAUUGAUGAGGCUCAGCCCACUGCAGUGACCGCUUAA